UUCCUCCUCUCCCUCCCCCCCAACUCUCCAUCUCUCCGAAACACCAGCUUGCGCCUGCGCAACAGACCAAUAAUAAAUAGAUACACACACACACAUAUAUAUAUAUAUUUAUAUAGAUAGAUAGAUACAUCAAGAGAUAUAUAUUUAUAUAUAUGGAGCCGGGCCCGGACCCUUCCGGCGGUAGCGGUGGGGGUGGCGGUGGCGGUGGGGAAGGCCCUUCCUCUUCUUCUGCCGCAGCAGCAGGAGCAGGAGCAGGAGCAGCAGCAGCAGCAGGUCCGUCCUCCUCUUCUGGUGCUGCUGCUGCGGCCGCUGCUGAUCCGGCGACGACGCAACCGCAAGCGGAAGCGGAGGCGAUGGAGCAGCAGGCGAUGCAGCAGGGGCAGCCGAGCAGAUACGAGUCGCAGAAGCGGAGGGACUGGAACACGUUCCUGCAGUACCUGCGGAACCACAAGCCGCCGCUGAGCCUGGGGCGGUGCAGCGGGGCGCACGUGAUAGAGUUCCUCAAGUACCUGGACCAGUUCGGGAAGACGAAGGUGCACGCGGAGGGGUGCGGCUUCUUCGGGCAGCCCAGCCCGCCGGGCCCCUGCGCCUGCCCGCUCCGCCAGGCCUGGGGCUCCCUCGACGCCCUCAUCGGCCGCCUCCGCGCCGCCUACGACGAGUCCGGCGGCCGCCCCGACUCCAACCCCUUCGCCGCCCGCCCCGUCCGCAUCUACCUCCGCGAGGUCCGCGAGUCCCAGGCCAAGGCCCGCGGCAUCCCCUACGAGAAGAAAAAGCGCAAGCGCAUCACCACCACCACCACCACCACCUCAUCAGCAGCAGCAGCAACAACAACAACAACACCAUCACCAUCAUCAUCAUCGUCUCCAUUACCACCACCAAAACCACCACCUGCAGCAGCAGCAGAACCACCUCCUGCUGCCGCUGCUGCUGCUGCUGCUAUUACUACUACUAUUACUGUCACUGGUGCUGCUGCUGCUGCCGCUGCCAGUGCUGCUAGUACGAGUGCGGCUGCGGGGUCGAGGAGUAAAAAAGCGCCUGCUGCUGCUGCUGCUGC